AUGCAAAUCUUUAAGGUUUCCUUCAAAGGUGCAACUAUAAGUAAAAAAGAUGUGGGAAAACGGGUAAUCGUAGGUCGGGUUGGUGCUGGAACACUGAGAUAUGUUGGAAAGGUCGAAGGCAAGGAAGGUAUUUUCUGUGGUAUUGAAUUAGAUCAACCGGAAGGAAAACACAACGGAACUUACCAAGGUAUUGCAUAUUUUCAUUGCACCCAUUUACACGGCAUAUUUGCUCCAUCAUAUAAAGUAGAAUUAUUAGAAGAAACAAAAAUUUUUGCAAGACGGGAAGAGAAGUUAAUGCGGUCAGCGAUGGCAGCCAUUUCAGCAGGUCAUAGUGAUAUGAUGCGGUCAACAGCAAUGACCUCCUCAACAUCUUUACGAUCAGGCACUCCUUCAAUGGAUAUUAGUAUGGCAUCUGUGAGCACUUUAGGAUCAUCCAACAUAUUCGAUCAUUCUAUGGUUAAUUAG